AUGUAGUAAGAAGAAGUUGUCUAAGACGAAGCAUUCAAUUAGAUCCUACAAAAGGUUAUAGUUGAAGUUAAUGGUUUUUUCGAGUUAAAGGAGUACAUCGGAGCCAAAAAACCAUCAUUCAAUUUUAUUCAAACCUCAUUUUCAAAUAUUGUGGACCAAGGUAAUAAUAGAGCAAACCUUGAAUAGAAUGUUUAGAAGAUUCUUGAGGAGUUACUCAGAAAUAAUGUACAAAGACUUUUUAUCAGAGUGUUUUUUUAAUACCUAAAAACAAACCAAGAGUAAAUGAAUUUAAGGCAGUUUUAAAAUUCAGGAAUAGCCAAAAUUUGGAAGGAAUUAUAAGUUUAAGAAUUGCUUGAUUUCAUUGAGCUUUUCGAUUUAAAAAAUUUGAUCACUGAAAAAUAAUUGCAUCAACACUUUAAGGAUUUACUUUAUAAAUAGAAAUUUGAUGAUGCCUACUUGUUUUAUACGUGUAUAAAAUUACCUCAGGAAUGUUUUAAUAAAUUAAUAGAGCAAAUGUUAGCUAAUAAUGAUGCCAGCAAAGCAGCAGAUUUUAUCAAAAAAUAACAUAUAGAUCCAGCAAAUUAUCCCAAGUUAGUGGAGAGACUGUAAAGAAAUUGUAUAAAAUACAUGUCCAAAGAACACCCUUGGUAUAAAAAUGAGGAAAUGCUCUUAUAUUAACAAUAAUUGUUAGUUAAUUUUUGCGAAUAUGCAUAUUAAAAUCAUAUGUAAAAAGAAGCUCUUUCAAUCAUUAAAAGAAAUAACCUAAUAAACAUAAUAAAGAACCCAGUUUAAAAAUAAUAAAUGCAAUCAGAUUUAUAGAAUGGAUUCGAGGAAAUCCCAAAUCCUCUGUUUGUUAAGGAUGAAUUUAAACCUGUCGAGGAGUUUAUAAAUAAUGAAAUCGAUGCUUAUUUGAAUUGCAAGGAUUUUGGUUAUCCUGAAAAUCAAAUAAUAUUUAUUGACAAAAUUGAUGAGAACUAUUUUGAUGCUUGGAAAUGCAUUCAUUCAAGCAAUGCUGUUGGUUAUGAUUGUGAACAUGUAACACCUUGGACCAAGUUGGAUCUUGAUGGAUUCAAAGUUUGUUUUGUGUAAAUUGCCACAUCAAGUCAUGCAUUUUUGUUUGACUAUUAAAAACUCAAAGACUCUGAGGAAUUUAAAAAUGAUGUGAGAUAACUGUUGGAGAACGUUGGAAUCUUGAAAAUCGGUUUGAGUUUAAAGGAUGAUCUUAAGCAUACUGUGAACUACUUGAAAUUAAAGAACAUAAAAAUUGGGUCAAUUGUGGAAUUGCAAUCGUGUUUCAAAGUGUUAGAGGGAGAUUAAAAACUUAGAUCUUUGGCCUAUAUAUCUGAGUUCUAUUUUAAAAAGAAAUUAAGUAAAUUUGACACUUGUAGCAAUUGGGAAUACAGACCAUUACGAAAGGCUUAAGCUCAUUAUGCUGCCUUAGAUGCCAUCAUUUCUUUAUAAAUAUAUUUAUCUAUGGUAGGGAAGAACAAUUAGGCAUUGGAAAACUUAAAGCAAGAAUUAUCUUUGGGUUGAUUAUAAAUGAGUAUUCUAUAUUUUUAAGGUCAAUAUAAUGAAAGGAUUUACUAA